UUCAAGCUGCCAGACGAGGCAACAACAGAGAGAGAACAUAUCAUCACUAUUCCCCCUUUGGCAAUACCUGCUGAUUGGGUCCUAACAAAAAAAAAAAAAGAGCAAGCAGCUUUUAACUUUUUUAAUAUUUGGCUCCCGAGUUGUGCCACGAGUAGUCGCGACAGAUAGAUUCUCCCUCAAGUGGGUUUUUUGGAGGAUAGAAAUUUUUAGAUUUUUUUUUUUUUUUUUUUGAAAUCUUCAGUUCAAAUCUCAGUGCGCGUUUCGAGCGCGCAUGUAGGCUUUUCUGCUGGAGAAGUUUUAGCGAAACUUUUAAGGAUGAUAUACCUUGGAUGUUUCCUGUUGCUGCUCUGUGGGCUCACGCAUGUCAUGGCAAGUUAUCCCAUCUGGUGGUCACUAGCAGUGGGCCACCAGUACUCAUCACUGGGCACUCAACCCAUCCUCUGUGGCAGUAUCCCGGGUCUGGUGCCCAAGCAGCUGCGCUUCUGCCGGAACUACGUGGAGAUCAUGCCCAGCGUGGCCGAGGGGGUGAAGAUUGGCAUCCAGGAGUGCCAGCACCAGUUCAGAGGCCGACGCUGGAACUGCACCACGGUCAAUGACAACCUGGCCAUUUUUGGGCCGGUGUUAGAUAAAGCCACUCGAGAGUCAGCAUUUGUUCAUGCUAUUGCCUCGGCGGGAGUAGCAUUUGCAGUGACCCGUGCCUGCGCUGAGGGUUCAGCCACCAUCUGCGGAUGUGACACACGCCACAAGGGCCCCCCUGGUGAGGGAUGGAAGUGGGGCGGCUGCAGCGAGGAUGUAGAGUUUGGGAGCAUGGUGUCCCGGGAGUUUGCUGAUGCAAGGGAGAAUCGCCCCGAUGCACGCUCAGCCAUGAACCGCCAUAACAAUGAGGCAGGAAGAAUGUCCCUCAACGACAACAUGUUCCUGAAGUGUAAGUGCCAUGGGCUGUCGGGCAGCUGCGAGGUCAAGACGUGCUGGUGGUCGCAGCCUGACUUCCGAGUUAUUGGCGACUACAUGAAGGAUAAGUACGACAGCGCAUCAGAGAUGGUGGUGGAGAAACAUAAGGAGUCCCGUGGAUGGGUGGAGACCCUGAGACCCAAGUACAACUACUUCAAACCCCCCACAGAGCGCGAUCUGGUUUACUACGAAAGCUCACCCAACUUCUGUGACCCCAAUCCCGAAACCGGCUCCUUUGGAACCCGCGAUCGCAUCUGCAAUCUGACGUCCCACGGCAUAGACGGUUGUGACCUCCUCUGCUGCGGCAGAGGUCACAACACCAGGACUGAGAAGAGAAAGGAGAAGUGUCACUGUAUUUUCCACUGGUGCUGCUACGUCAGUUGUCAGGAGUGUGUGAGGGUCUACGACGUGCACACCUGCAAAUAAGGGAGUCUGGUUCUCGCCUUUUCUCACCAAAAUUAAAAGACUUCAGUAGGCAGAAGAACAAACACAGCAACUCAUCUACGAGACAUGAGAGACUGUAAAGCUGUCUGAUCUAUCCAUGGACUCCAGUGGCAGACUUAGCGGCCUUGUGAUGUGUUGCGAUGCUAAAAAGAGCCAGUCUCUGCCUUGAUCAACUGAGAGGGUUGAGUAGAUGUUGACAUCACAAAGCGUCAUCCAUAUGACGAUGGUGAUGAUGACGACAAUGUUGAUAUCUCUAGUGAUGACGAAAGAGUUUUUUGACGUAGGAAAGGAGUACUGUCGGCUAAUUGACAAACACCAUAUUGGUGAUUUUUUUUUCUUUCUGUGUUCCAAGUAGUUUGUUGAGAGUAGUAGAGCACUGCUAAUGCUUUACGGGGCAAACAGUGAAAGUGUCACAUUUUCUUCAAUGUUUAAUCAUAACUUGUUUGUUAUGAUUAAAUAAAGUGACAACAUUUAUGAUCAGACACUCAACAGCCUGCAAUCUCCUCCUCAACAUUAUAAGUAUGUAUGUGUUUAUCGGAAAACUAACAUUAUCGUUGUGUGAAUGAGUUUUUUUUUAUAUAGUGUUAAUAUGUUACUGAUGUUUGGGUAAGAAUGCACUUGCACCUGAGUGAAUGUAGUUAUUAUGCUGCAAUGUGUUUACAUAUUCUCAAAAUUCUUAAGCUAACGAGUUAAUAUCUGCUUUAAAUGACUAAUUUUAUCUCGAGAGUAGACAUGAGCCACAUCAACUGAACAUCGGCGAAACAAGAAUAUAGACAGUCUGCAUGUUUCCUGAAACAUCUGAAAACACUGGAAGCUUUUUCUUAAAAGAGUAACAAUGCUUUGAACAACAUCGAUAGUUAUGACCAAAGACGAGAAAAGAAACCCCCCCUGUGAGUCUGCGAUGGUCAGAGAGCUGUAAAUGAAUCUGAGUGGUCAGCACUUGUGUCCCGUUGAGAAAUAUGAAGCUUGUUAUCCUUGUUUUUAUCAGUAUUAGCAACGUCUCAUGUGACUGGGUGUGGGGAAAACUGUUAUUUAUAAAAAAGGGAUAUUCCCACUAUAUUUUUGUUUCAUGUACACACAUAUAAUAUUCUUUUAUUUUGAUAUUUGAUAAAAUAGAGGUGAAUUCUGUACUCCCUGGUAAAAUGAAACACAAAUGGCAAACAAACCGCAAACUAAGCUGUAUCAUAUAAGCUCUGUAUAAUGCAGUAUAAUUGUGGUAAAAUGAUGACCAAAACCUGUGCAUGAGAUGAUUCUCAGCUGUGGCUUCUUGUUCCCCAAACUAAACAACAAGCAGCAUCACUGAAACUAUCAAUACUUCCCUUAUUUUAAUGCUGCUAAGUAAAGAUAAUAUUUGUGUGUAUGUGUAUGUGUUUAGGUCCUUACGUCUUGUGUUAUAUGUAUAUUCUUGCAUGUAUUGAUUUCUUUCUGUGAAAGAAAUCUGUUAUAUGUAGUUUGAAAAAAAAUGUGAAGUUUUGACUAAUUCUUGCAUACAGUAAUUCCCAUUUUAACCAAAUAGACCAAAAUAGAGUUUAUGUUACCUUAGUUGGUUUUGUAGUCAUGCUAAACAUCAGGGCAAAAAUAAUUCAUGUUGCUCUCCCUUAAUUUGAGAAGAAAUACAACACAGUAUUUAUUUAUUUGGAAAGUGAAAAACUACUGAAAUCUGAGACAAGUAACAUAAUGUUUAUGAAAAGGUGCGCGUGUUGUUUCACUGAUCACCUUGACUAUAGAGACAUGUGUACAGUCACUGAUGAAUUAUUGUUUACAGCCAUGUAAUGUCUCAGGCAUGUAUAGUAGGCUAGAAGCGCCCAUGCAUGAUUACUUUUCAUCCUGACUGAAAAUAUCAUAACCAGUUUCACAUUUUGAGUCAUCUUUAAUAAACUAUACAGCAACCAUUAUCAGUACAAGAUCUGUUAUCUUGCAUUUAUUACUGUACACUUUAUAUGUGAUUGAUUGCUUGUGUGGACAAUUCGCUUAUGUUCUAAUUUUUUUGUCAAGUCUUUAAAUCCAAAGUUUUGUACAAACUAGUUUUUGCGUUUUUAUAGAUUUCUAAAAUUGUAUGUUUUUUUAUAAUUAUUUAUUUCAUGCUAUGUACAUAUUAGUAAGUAAAAGUAUAUAUUUGCAGAAAUACAUUUUUUUUAAAACAGUGUUGUGACUUGUAACGCUGUAGCAUUUUUACCUCAUCUCUGUUUUUUCACUGACUGCACACAGGUAUCGUUUGUCUUACUGCCUGUAGUAGAUUUCUAAAGUUAACUCUGUAACACCAAAAUAAAGCAACAUAAA